UUUCACGGCUAUUACGGAGUGUAAGAGCGCCAUCUAACUUAUAAGUUAUGCGCUGAACAAUAGUUGUAUGUCUUCUCUCCAACAGAUGCCCGGUGGUGUGACAGUGAAAGACGUUUGUCCACACGAAUUCAUCAAGGCUUUGGCGGCCCAUUUGAAGAAGGGUGGCAAGCUGAAGGUUCCCGAAUGGGUGGACUUGGUUAAAACAGCCAAAAGGAAAGAACUUGCCCCGUACGAUCCUGACUGGUAUUACAUCAGGGCAGCUUCGAUCCUCCGUCAUGUGUACCUGCGCAGUGGUAUUGGUGUUGGUCACCUCACUCGUGUUUAUGGAGGUCGCAAGCGACGUGGUGUCAGGCCAAGCCAUUUUGAGCGCGGUUCUUCAUCUAUCGCUCGCAAUAUUUUGAAAGGCCUGGAACAGCUUAAAAUGGUUGAAAAGGACAACACCGGAGGCCGAGCAAUCACAAGUCAAGGCCAGAGGGAUCUGGACCGAAUUGCUUGCCAG